CGUGAAUAGAACAAUGAAGCGGCAAGUAUUGUUUCUCAUCUGGUUUUUCUCUCUGGCCUCUGUCUUCGGUCAAAUCAUCUACUCUGUUCCGGAGGAAAUGGCGAAGGGCUCAGUUGUCGGAAAUAUUGCCCGAGAUUUAGGGAUGGAUGUCAAAAGACUAAAAUCAGGCAAAGCUCGGAUAUUCACGAGCGACACUCCCGAGUACCUCGAGCUGAGCAGAGACAGAGGAGUCCUGCUUAUCAAAGAGAGAAUCGACAGAGAAACGCUCUGUAGACAGACGACACCUUGUGCCUUACAUUUGCAGAUUAUUCUGGAAAAUCCAAUGGAGCUCUUUCGCAUAACCAUUGAAAUCACCGACGUAAACGACAACAGACCCACAUUUAAAAAUGUCGAAAAGCGCUUUGAAAUCAGCGAAUCUGCAGUCAGUGGGUCGAAAUUUGUAUUAGAAAGAGCGGUCGAUGCGGACAUUGGCAUAAACGGGCUGAAAAAUUACAGCUUGAAGCCCACAGACAAUUUUGUAUUGAAAAUCGAAAACCAAGCAGAUGGAAAUAAAAAGGUUGAAAUGGUUUUACGCAAGCCUUUAGAUAGAGAGAAAGCAGAACAGAUAUCCUUGCUUUUAACUGCCGUCGAUGGAGGAGAACCUCAGAUGUCUGGAACAGUAAAGAUCUUUGUUACAGUACUUGAUGUAAACGAUAAUGCUCCAGUUUUCUCACAGCCCGUUUAUAAGGCAGCGAUUGCGGAAAAUUCUAAAAUGGGAACAACACUGGCGACAGUGAGUGCCGCAGAUGCCGAUAAAGGAACAAAUGGAGAUGUAUUUUAUUCAGUAUCAACGACAAUUGAUAACGUGUCUGACACAUUUGCAAUAAAUGAAAAGGGUGAGGUUAUACUGACAGGGCAAGUUGAUUAUGAAAAAGCCAAAUAUUAUCAGGUAGAUAUUGAAGCCAGAGAUAGUGGUGGUCUUUCAGAUUCAAGUAAGAUUAUAGUUGAUAUUAUUGAUAUUAAUGAUAAUACACCAGUGAUCAGUAUACUGUCUAAAUCUGAUUCAGUCCCGGAAAGCUCACAUCUCAGUACUGUUAUAGUGAUGUUCAGUGUCCUGGACCCAGACUCUGGCAGUAAUGGCAAAGUGAACUGCAGGAUCAAUCCUAAUGUACCCUUUGUAAUUACAGCCUCAUCAAAUGAUUUUUAUAGCUUGAUAACAGACAGUGAUUUAGACCGGGAGAGAUCAUCUGAGUAUAAUAUCACAGUGACCUGCUCUGAUGAGGGAGUGCCCUCCCUCUCCAGCAGCGUCACUCUCACCUUAAAGAUCUCUGAUGUGAAUGAUAACGCACCUGUCUUUGAGAGGAGCUCAUAUGAGGCCUACAUAGUAGAAAACAACACACCAGGCCUUUCUAUAUUUACCGUGAAAGCUACAGAUGCUGACUGGAACCAGAAUGCCCGCGUUUCUUACAUACUGGAGGACUCGUCUAUUAACGGAGUGCCAGUCUCCUCAUAUUUGUCCGUCAGUGCAGAUAGUGGAGUCAUCCAUGCAGUACGCUCUUUUGACUAUGAACAGCUCAAAGAUUUUCAGUUUCUUGUCAAAGCUCAGGAUGGAGGCUCUCCUCCACUCAGCAGCAACGUGACAGUGAAAAUCCUGAUCCAGGACCAGAACGACAACCCCCCUCAGGUCCUGUACCCAGUGCAGACUGGUGGCUCUGUGGUGGCUGAGAUGGUGCCUCGUUCAGCAGAUGUGGGCUAUCUGGUGACCAAAGUGGUGGCUGUUGAUGUGGACUCUGGACAGAAUGCCUGGCUCUCAUAUAAACUCCAGAAAGCCACAGACAGAGCGCUGUUUGAAGUGGGAUUACAGAAUGGAGAAAUCAGAACCAUCCGCCAAGUCACUGAUAAAGAUUCAGUCAAACAACGACUGACUGUCAUAGUGGAGGACAACGGACAGCCCUCUCGUUCUGCUACAGUCAUUGUGAACGUGGCGGUGGCGGACAGCUUCCCUGAAGUGCUGUCAGAGUUCACUGACCUGAUCCACGACAAGGAGUACAGUGACAACCUGACUUUUUACUUGGUGUUGGCUCUGGCUGUGGUUUCCUUCCUGUUCAUCACCUGUGUGGUGGUGAUCAUCUCAGUGAAAAUCUACAGAUGGAGACAGUCCCGCAUUCUGUAUCAGUCCAACCUGCCUGUGAUUCCAUAUUAUCCACCACGUUACUCAGACACUUUGGGGACAGGGACUCUCCAACAUGUGUACAACUACGAGGUGUGCAGGACGACAGACUCCAGAAAGAGUGACUGUAAGUUCGGCAGAGCUGGUAGUCAGAACGUGCUGAUCAUGGACCCCAGUUCAACAGGGACGAUGCAGCGGAUACAGAGUGAGAAGAGCAUCCUGGAUGAACCUGACUCUCCUCUAGAGGUUAGUUUGAGUAUUAUAUAG